AUGCGUUUGCUAAGCAAUAAUUUAAGUAUCGAUGAGGCUAAAGAAAUCAAAGAGUUUUCUGAUUGGCUUUUAGAUGCUGGUGAUGGUAAGAUUGCAGAACCUAAUGAUGGUGAGGCAAUAAUAGAUAUUCCUGAAGAAUUGCUGAUUACAGAGGCAGAUGAUCCAAUUAAAAAAAGAGCCAUAUUAGCACCAACCAAUGAGGAUGUAAACACAAUAAACCAGCACAUGCUAGAGAAGCUGACAAGCGAGGAAAUGAUCUAUCUUAGUGCGGAUAGUAUUGAUCCGUCUGACUUAGAUUCACAGUCUAAUCCUGUUCUUACAACAGAUUUUUUGAACAGCAUCAAAUUGUCUGGGUUACCAAACCAUGCUCUACAUCUUAAGAUUGGUUCUCCUGUAAUGUUGCUAAGAAAUAUAGAUCCUAAAGGUGGGUUAUGUAAUGAUACUAGGCUCCAGAUCACAAAACUGGCUAACCAUGUUGUAGAGGCAAGGGUUAUUACAGGAGACAGAAUAGGUGAUAAGGUUUUGAUUCCUAAGACAUUGCUUACACCAUCUGACACGAAACUGCCAUUUAUGAUGCGUAGAAGACAGUUUCCUCUAUCUGUGGCAUUUGCUAUGACGAUUAACAAGAGCCAGGGACAAUCGCUUGAGAAAGUAGGACUUUAUUUGCCAAGACCGGUGUUCUCUCACGGCCAACUCUAUGUUGCUCUAUCGAGAGUCACUUCGAAGAAGGGAUUAAAAAUUCUUAUUGUGGGGAAAGAUGGAAAGAUUGACAGUAAAACAACUAACGUUGUUUUUAAAGAGGUUUUCCAAAAUCUGGAGAACUAA